UUGGUGAUUAUAAUAUCAACUAGCAAGUAUCAAGUAAUAGUGCACGCCAGACGCCAGUAGUACUAUAAAUAUAUGAACCCUAACUCUUUCCUAUUCACACCUUAAUUCUCUCAACCUCAAGAAAAACAGCAAUGGCAAAACAAUACCAAGCUCUCUUUCUACUCUUCUCCGUCUUCUACCUCUUCUCGUCGGUGCUCACGACCGCCACAGUCAACCCGGCCGGAACUACCACAAAAGCACUAAACUUUAUUCAAUCCUCAUGCAAAUCCACAACAUACCAAUCCCUGUGCGUUGAAACUCUCUCGGUUUACGCCAAUACGAUCAAAACAAGCCCUCGACACCUCUUGGAUGCAGCUAUCACCGUGAGUCUGAACCAAGCGCUGUCCACGAAGCUCUUCAUCUCACACCUGAGGAAGAGCCAGUUCCAAAUCCUUCAGGACUGCGCACCAUCGACCGAUACGUUCAGUACAGAUUGCGAGUGUUCUGUCCAAGCACUCCAAGAGGUGGUGAAUUGUAACAGUUGGACCGACUGCUUGUUUCACGUAAAGAAUGCUGAAGUGUGUGCCAUUUCGGGUGAGAGUCAUAGCGUCGAGAACACUUGCUCCAGCCCGUUCGCGGAUCCGGGAAAGAUAUCAGCCAGGGGCCGGAUCUCGGAUGCCGUAAGAAAAUCACUUCAUACCCGGUUCUCUAAGUUGCGCCAGGAAAUAAACAAUGCCAAAAUGUUGUUCGAGGCCUUUCCUAAUAAGCAUUAGUAAUAAUAUAUUUCUUUUGUUGUAUGAUGAUAUAUUCAUGUAGUAUCAGUCCAUCAGAAGAUCAAUAAAUAAAACCCUUUCGAAACGAAAAUGGAAGACUAAAACAAGAAACCCCUAGCUAAUAAACACAUCGAGAUUUAAAACAUUUUUUUAGUUAUUUUUCACUUAUCUCGAAUACCGUU